UGAGAAUUUGUGUUCGCUUGUGGAAGGGGCGGAUCGACUAGCUGUGAGUGUUAUCUGGGAGAUUGAUAUGGAGGAUGAUAUUUCCGUGGUUGACGUAUGGAUUGGGAGGACCAUCAUCCGGUCCAGUCACCAGAUGACUUAUGCACAAGCCCAGGCCAUCCUGGAUGGGAAAGAGCUGUUACCAGACCAACAGUUACAAGGUGGAAAAGAGGAAGUUGCACGUGUGCGUCAAGAUCUUUUGAUUCUUAGUGCAGUGGGAGAGAGGUUCAAGUGCCGACGAGAGGCAGAGGGUGCCCUUGAGCUCUCCAGUGCUGAGCUAAGAUUCGAACUUGACGAUAACAACACACCAGUUCGUGUGUUCACUAAGCAAGAACUGCAUAUGAACUGGAUUGUAGCAGAGAUGAUGAUUUCUGCAAACUCCUGUGUAGCUGAAAAGAUUUACAGAACAUUCCCAUCAUGUGCGUUGCUACGGCGGCAUGCUCCUCCCAGUUCAGAUGCAUUUAGCCGAUUGCUGGAGGGGUCCUUCGGCCGGACGGAAGGAAGCGUGACAAAACUCAGCGAUGGCUUGACAUGGAGGGCAUGGGACUCGAUCACAAUGCUCCCGCACAAUGUGCUGAACGGAAGAUUCAGCACGACUGACAUCAUCGCUGACUCGCUGGCAGACAUCAUCAGAACCCAUCUCCCGACAUCCAGGACUUCGCUGCAAGAUGAGGCGACCCCCAUCUACGUGGAGAUGGGGAAUGAGGAAGUGGACAUGGCAAAUGAAGAAGAAGAGGACUUAGGUUUGGGAGACAAACUCUCCCCCGGGGGAGAGGACGAGGAGCCGCACCCGGUAACAGAGAGCAGUGCAGCGGAAUACAGCAUGGGCGCCACAGCAUCGAAGGAGGACAGCAGAGACUCGGACUCCGAGAGCAGCAAGGCCCAGGCUGCAGUGGACUGAAAAAACCACUUCAACGGAUAGUAAAAUAUCACCUCACAA